CUGAGACACUCUGGUGGCACAGCCGUUGAUACGGACUCACCCGUUCACGGGCAGGUCCACGAUGGGUAUAAAAUGAUCAAGUCGCUGCCAGACCGCAUCAGCAGCAAGCAACAUUGACUUACACUCAUACUCGACGCCAUGACUAUCAAACCGCUUCUUCUCUCGGCCCUGGCCACCCUCGGGUCGGCAUCGCCCCUCCUCUAUCCCCGGGCCACCAACGAGACCUAUGUCUUCACCAAUGCCAAUGGCCUGAACUUUACGCAGAUGAACACCAGUCUGCCCAAUGUGACUAUCUUUGCUACCGGAGGCACCAUCGCCGGCUCCGAUUCCAGCUCGACCGCCACCACCGGCUACACCUCCGGUGCCGUCGGGGUCUUAACCCUCAUCGACGCCGUCCCCAGCAUGCUCGACGUCGCCAAUGUGGCUGGCGUGCAGGUGGCCAACGUCGGCAGCGAGGACAUCACCUCCGACAUUCUCAUCUCCAUGUCCAAGGAGAUCAACCGCGUCGUCUGCGACGACCCCACCAUGGCCGGCGCGGUCAUCACCCAUGGGACGGACACCCUCGAGGAGACCGCGUUCUUCAUGGACGCGACCAUCAACUGUGGCAAGCCCGUGGUGAUCGUGGGUGCCAUGCGGCCCUCCACGGCCAUCUCCGCGGACGGCCCCUUCAACCUGCUCGAGGCGGUCACCGUGGCUGCCUCUCCAAAGGCCCGGGACCGCGGCGCCAUGGUGGUGAUGAACGACCGGAUUGCCUCGGCCUACUACGUGACCAAGACCAACGCCAACACCAUGGAUACCUUCAAGGCCAUGGAGAUGGGCUAUCUGGGCGAGAUGAUCUCCAACACGCCGUUUUUCUUCUAUCCGCCGGUCAAGCCCACCGGCAAGGUGGCCUUUGAUAUCACCAAUGUGACGGAGAUCCCGCGCGUGGAUAUUCUGUUCUCCUACGAGGACAUGCACAAUGAUACGCUGUACAACGCCAUUGAGAGUGGUGCCGAGGGCAUUGUGAUUGCCGGAGCCGGGGCAGGUGGCGUGACCACGUCAUUCAACUAUGCCAUCGAGGAUGUCAUCAACCGGCUGGACAUCCCCGUGGUGCAGAGCAUGCGCACGGUCAAUGGCGAGGUGCCCCUGUCGGAUGUCAGCAGCGAUACCGCCACGCACAUUGCCAGCGGAUACCUGAACCCGCAGAAGUCGCGCAUCCUGCUGGGGCUGUUGCUGGCGGAGGGCAAGAACCUUACCGAGAUUGCCGAUGUGUUUGCCUUGGGCACUGAUGCGUAGGGUGGCUGUAUGAGUUAGAGCGAUGAAUGUGUAUGUUCAUGACUAGAGAAUCUAAUAAUCAAUU